AAAACUAUAAUAUCAAAUCAAUUGUUUCUCCAUUAACAACAACAACUAGACGUUUCUAGAUUCUUCCACACAAAGAACGUUCUUUCUCUUCCCCUCCAAAAAAAACCCCAAAACCUUUUUCAGUUUCAUCCACCGCACCAGUAAACCCUAACCAAAAAUCGAAGAACAGAAGAACAGAAAAAAAUCAAAUGUUCGGAGUUGUAUUUCCGAACCGGAGUUUCCCGUUAGACAUCUCCACCUUCACACAAAUCGACGGCACCCACUGGCUGCUCGACAUGAACCACUUCGUCGGAGAAUCGUACGAUUCCGUCACAGAAAUCUGCAUCUUCCUCCUCAACACCUACUCCCUCCCUCCCGACAAAGCCCUAGCUCUCUACAUCCAAUCCCCCGGCAGCUCCUUCCUCUUCUGCGGCGCCGUCACCCUCUCCCGCCCCUCCGCCGUCCUCUCCCUCCCCUGGCCGGAGCCCGGCGGCGGAACCGUCCCCCAGCUGACCGCCCCCGACGCCCCCCCUCUCUCCGCCAAAAUCGGCGUCUCCGUCGAGGAUCUGGCCGCGCUGCCGUCGCUCGAUGUGGCGGCGGAGAGGCGGAUCGAGCGGCUGGCGAUGAAGGUUGGGGAGAAUUUGUUCAAUUUUAUGCAGUCGUUCUGCGGCGUCGACGGAUCGAAGCUGAUUGUGCCCAUGGAUAUUCUGGACCGGUGGUUUAAGAAGUUUCAGGAAAGGGCGAAACGCGACCCGGAGUAUCUCAAGGGUUUCGCCUUGUAGACGAAGAAGCUUGAGGGGAAUUGCGAAUUUGUGACGACAUUGCAAUGGAACCAUGUUCAUAGGGUUUUCGGGUUUCAGGGUUUCGUUCGGUUUUGUAUGGAUAAACGACUGUAAAUGGACCGCGAUAAAAUGUAGACCGGUUGGAUGGGUCGAGCUUUUCUUCAUUUCUUUUAGACUAUAUCUUCUUUUUUCCAUAUUGUAAGUAAUUUAUUCAAUUUCCAUAUGAGUUGCCGAUAGAUAUAAAUAUGCAUGCUCUAAUCUGUACCCACAACAUGAAAAAUCAGUAGGAGAUCGAAUUUCUGCAAAUCAUGUUUAUCAACAAGAAAUGUCGAGUUACGCAUAA